AAAUGAGUGAAUCAAACAAAACUGAUCUUUGGUGGACAGACUACCAGGCUUGCAGUACGCGAAGAAAUAGGAAAUCUGCAAACGUGUGCCUGCAGGAUGAAGACGAUUAUGAAGAUUUGCUAAGUGAUUUAGGAAGCAUUGUUGAAAACACCAAUGUGAGUGCGAGAAGAAACAAACCAAAUAAUUCUGAGUUUAUCAACGGCAAAUCCGAAGAACAAAAUCAACAAACAACAAAUUAUCUUCACAAACCGCAAGAAAAAAAUUAUACUGAAAACAAAUCAAUGUAUCAAAAAAAUAUUAUUGAAAAUCCUUCAGAAAAAAAUAUUGCAGCCAGGGAUAUUAAUGAACAUACUGUAGAAUCCAAUGUCAAAACUAUUGAUGAAACUUCUGUAGAAUCCAAUAAUGUAACUAUUGGUGAACCUUUUGUAGAAUCCACUGAUGUAACUAUUGGUGAACCUACUGUAGAAUCUACUUAUGCAUCUAUUGAUGCACCUAUUAUAGAAUCCAUUGAUGUACAUAAUGAUGAACCUACUGAAGAAUCUACUGAUGUAACUAUUGAUGAACCUACUGUAGUAUUCACUAAUGUAACUAUUGGUGAACCUUCUGUAGAAUCCACUGAUGUAACUAUUGGUGAACCUACUGUAGAAUCUACUGAUGCAUCUAUUGAUGAACCUAUUAUAGAAUCCAUUGAUGUACAUAAUGAUGAACCUACUGUAGAAUCUACUGAUGUAACUAUUGAUGAACCUACUGUAGAAUCCGAUGAUGUAACUAUCGCUGACCCUACUGUAGAAUCUAUUGAUGUAACUAUUUAUGAACAUACUUUAGAAUCCAUUCGUGUAACAAUUGAUGAAUAUACUGUAGAAUCCACUGAUGUAACUAUUGAUGAACCUUCUGUAAAAUCUUUUGAUUUAUCCUUUGGUGAACCUGCUUUAGAAUCUACUAAUGUAACUAUUGAUGUAUCUGUUGAUGAACCUACUGUAGAAUCCAAUGAUAAACCAGCUAUAGAAUCCACUGAUGUAUCUUUUGAUGAACCUAUUGUAGAAUCCACUGAUAUAUCUAUUGAUAAACCUACUGUAGAAUCCACUGAUGAACAAACUGUAGAAUCCACUGAUGUAUCUAUUGAAGAAAAUGUUGUAGAAUCCAAUGAUGCAACUUUUGAUAAACCUACUGUAGAAUCCAAAACUGAUGAACCUUCAGAAGAAUCAACUGUUGUAACUAUUAAUGAACCUACUGUGGAAUUCACUGAUGAAUCUAUUGUAGAAUCCACUGUUGUAACCAUUAAUGAACCUACUGUAGAAUCCACUGAUGUAACCAUUAAUGAACCUACUGUAGAAUCCACUGAUGUAACUAUUGAUGAACCUACUGUAGAAUCCACUGAUAUAACUAUUGAUAAACCUACUGUAGAAUCCGCCGGUGAACCUACUGUAGAAUCCAUUGAUGUAACUAUUGAUGAAUCUAAUGAAGAAUUCAAUAAUGUAACUAUUGAUGAACCUACUGUAGUAUCCACUGUUGUCGCUAUUGAUGAACCUUCUGUAGAAUCCACUGAUGUAACUAUUGAUGAACCUACUGUAGAAUCCACUGAUGCAACUAUUGAUGAACCUACUGUAGAAUCCGCCAGUCAACCUACUGUAGUAUCCACUGAUAUAAAUAUUAAUGAAUCUAAUGCAGAAUUUAUUGAUGUACUUAUUAAUGAACCAACUGUAGACCCCGCUGAUGUAACUUUGAAUGAACCUACUGUAGAAUUUACUGAUGUCACUAAUGAUGAAUCUACUACAGAAUCUACUGAUAAAAAUAUUGAUGAACCUGCUGUAGAAUCCACUGAUGCCACUUUUGAUGAACCUAUUAAACAAUCUAUUGUGGUAGCUAUUAAUGAACCUUCUGUAAAAUCCACUGAUGAAUAUACAGUAGAAUCAACUGUUGUAACUAUUGACAAACCUACUGUAGAAUCCACUGAUAAACCUAUUGUAGAAUCCACUGUUGCAACCAUAAAUGAAUCUACUGUAGAAUCCACUGAUGUAUCUUUUGAUGAACCAAAUUUGGAAUCUACUGAUAUAACUAUCGAUGAAUCUACUGCUGAAUCCAUUGAUGUACUUAUUGAUGACCCCCCUUCAGAAUUCACUACUGUAACUUUGAAUGAAAUUACCGUAGAAUCCACUGAUGUAACAAUUGAUGAACCUACUCUAGAAUCCAUUGAUGAACUUUCUGAAAAAUCCACUAAUGAACCUACUGUAGAAUCCAUUUAUGUAACUAUUGAUAAAUUUACUGAAGAACUAACUGAUGAAACUAUUGAUGAAUCUACUGUAGAAUCCACUGAUAUAACUUUUGAUGAAUCUAAUGAAGAAUUCAAUGAUGUAACCAUUGAUGAACCUACUGUAGAAUUCACUGUUGUUACUGUUGAUGAACCUGCUGUAGAAUCCACUGAUGUAACUCUUGAUGAACCUACUGUAGAAUCCACUGGUGAACCUACUGUAGAAUCCACUGAUGUAACUUUUGAUGAAUCUAAUGAAGAAUUCAAUGAUUUAACUAUUGAUGAACCUACUGUAGAAUCCACUGUUGUUACUAUUCAUGAACCUGCUGUAGAAUCCACUGAUGUAACUAUUGAUGAACCUACUGUAGAAUCCACCGGUGAACCUACUGUAGAAUCCACUGAUGUAACUUUUGAUGAAUCUAAUGAAGAAUUCAAUGAUGUAACUAUUGAUGAACCUACUGUAGAAUCCACUGUUGUUACUAUUCAUGAACCUGCUGUAGAAUCCACCGGUGAGCCUAAUGUAGAAUCCACUGAUGUAACUUUUGAUGAAUCUAAUGAAGAAUUCAAUAAUGUAACUAUUGAUAAACCUACUGUAGAUUCCAUUGAUGAACUUUCUGAAAAAUCCACAAAUGAACCUACUGUAGAAUCCAAUUAUGUAACUAUUGAUAAAUCUACUGUAGAAAUAACUGAUGAAAGUAUUGAUGAAUCUACUGUAAAAUCCACUGAUGGAACGUUUAAUGAAUCUAAUGAAGAAAUCAAUGAUGUAACUAUUGGUGAACCUACUGUAGAAUAUGCUGGUGAACCUAUUGUAGAAUCCACUAAUGUAACUUUUAAUGAACCUACUGUAGAAUCCAUUCAUGUAUCUAUUGAUAAAUCUACUGUAGAACUAACUGAUGAAACUAUUGAUGAACCUACUGUAGAAUCCACUGAUGUAACUUUUGAUGAAUCUAAUGAAGAAUUCAAUAAUGUACUUAUUGAUGAACCAACUGAAGACCCCACUGAUGUAACUCUGGAUGAACCAACUGUAGAAUCUACUGAUGUCACUAAUGAUGAAUCUACUAUAGAAUCUACUGAUAAAAAUAUUGACGAACCUGCUGUAAAAUCCACUGAUGCCACUUUUGAUGAACCUAUUAAACAAUCUAUUGUGGUAGCUAUUAAUGAACCUUCUGUAAAAUCCACUAAUGCAUAUACAGUAGAAUCAACUGUUGUAACUAUUGACGAACCUACUGUAGAAUCCACUGAUGAAUCUACUGUAGAAUCCACUGAUGUAACUUUUGAUGAAUCUACUGUAGAAUUCAUUGAUGUACUUAUUUAUGAACCAACUGUAGACCCCACUGAUGUAACUUUGGAUGAACCUACUGUAGAAUCCAUUGAUGUCACUAUUGAUGAAUCUACUACAGAUAAAAAUAUUGAUGAACCUUCGGUAGAAUCCACUGAUGCAACUUUUGAUGAACCUAAUGUAGAAUCCAUUGAUGUAACUAUUGAUGAACUUACUGUAGAAUACACUGAUGUAACUAUUGAUGAACCUACUGUAGUAUCCACUAAUGUAACUAUUGAUGAACCUACUGUAGAAUCCAUUGAUGUAACUAUUGAUGAACCUUCUGUAGAUUCCACUAAUGUAACUAUUGAUGAAACUUCUGUAGAAUCCACUGAUGCAACUUUUGAUGAACCUACUGUAGAAUCCACUGAUGUAACUAUUGAUGAACCUACUGUAGAAUCCACUGAUGUGACUAUUGAUUACCCUACUGUAGAAUCUCUUGAUGUAUCUGUUGAUGAACCUAUUAUAGAAUUCAUUGAUGUACAUAAUGAUGAACCUACUGAAGCAACUUUUGAUGAAACUACUGUAGAAUCCACUGAUGCAACUUUGGAUGAACCUACUGUAGAAUCCACUAAUGUCACUUUUGAUGAACCUUAUAUAGAAUUCACUGAUGAAACUGUAGUAGAAUCCACUUUAAAAUCCACUGAUGAACGUGAUGUAGAAUCCCCUGGUGUAACUAUUGAUGAACCUACUGUAGAAUCCACUGAUGUUACUAUUGAUGACCCUACUGUAGAAUCCACUGACGUAACUAUUUAUGAGCCUACACAAGAACCCACUAGUUCUGUUGAGCAUAGUUGUAGAUACGUUUAUGAGCCUACAGCUUCAGAAAACCGAGAUUUAAAAAAAUCUGAGCUACUAACUUCUAGCAAUGAGUCACUUAUAGAAGAGUUAUGUGUAAAAGAAGAUAAAGUCAAGGAAUUUUUUGAGAUAGAAUCAUUUGUUUUAGAAUCUUCACUUGAAGUAAUCGAACAAAUAUCACUUGAAGAACUUUUAUUAGAAAAAGAUAAUGUCAAGGCAGUUUUAAUUGCAACUUCAGAAACUACAUCGCAAGCAAAUAACAACAAAAAUACAAGCCCAUUGCUUGUAUUAGAUGACGAUUUGAUCAAAAAUAUUUUCAUUCUGUUUAAUGCUUUUUUGUUUAUUUUCUUUACAUUUGAACUGCUAAGAUAAAAAAUUAUAGCUUUUAAAAUUUUAGCAUUAUGCAAUUUUUAAUGUUUUCUUAGUCGUUUAUUGUUAACUUUUUCUAGUUCGUCAAUUUUAGCCAUUCCAAGUAGAAAUUCAUUAGUUUCAAGUGUUGUUUGUUUGCCUUGUACAGUAGGACCCAUACAAUUUUGAAGUAUGAAUACGUCACUCAUGCUCAAGUUAUGAGUUUAAAUAGUUCAAUAAACGUCAAACACAGUAAUCGAGCUUUGGUGUAUGACUUAUUGCAAUUUAUAAAAACAUCAAAACAUAUAAGAUUGUAUAAGCUUUGUCUUAUUCUAAAGUUUUAUGAGUCUCACCGUAGCUGUGAAUGUUUUACAAUGUUAACUUAUAACGCAAAUUAAAUGUAAAAGUUUUUUAAAAAUCAUAUGAUUAACAUGGAAUUUAUAUUCUAACCUUAACAUUUUAAUUCAUA